AUGUCACAUUGUUUAAAACUCAUAAAUUCCCACUACAAUGCCCUUCAACAACUCGUGCGAUCAAUUUCCUGGUUCGACCAUGCGGAUCAGUUGAGAGCCAGCACGUACGUGAUUUGUAUUACACUCCUAAUCCUGAGUAUACCUUCAAUUGCCCUAAACGCCUUGCUCCUAGUUACCGUAUGGAGGGUGAGAUCACUCCAAGUCACAUCUAACUUAUUCCUAUGCAAUCUCGCGCUGUCUGACCUCGCUAUUGGUCUCGUAGUCCAGCCUUUUGCUGUGGCUUGGAAGUUAUCAGAAUUCUUAAGUACUGACUUAGAAAGCAAUUGUCGGAUCGCUUCUACAUCUAUAAUGCUUUCCUUCACGUUUGUGAGCGUCUCUAUAGUGACAAUAACAUUAGUGACAGUAUACAGAUACCUGGCUCUAUGUUUACAUCUGAGUUACAAAUCCACAGUCACUUCCAAACGAGUUAUACUUGUGUUUGGAGGGGUAUGGUUUGCGGGCCUCGCUUUCUCUUUUCUCACGUUAUUGGGCGCACGAAUAUUCCACAUUGCGGCGGCCGUGGUGAUCUCGUCUUGUCAUCCCACCAUGACGUUCUGUUACUACAAGAUCUACCAAGUUCUCAAGUACCAUCAUGCUAAGAUCAACCAAUCUAUGCAUGUCUCUCAAGAGACCACAGGGCUUGCCUCCAUGCUCGCUUGGAAUAUUACUGGCACAAUACUUUACUUUAACUCUAGUGUAAAUCCGUUGAAUUAUUACUGGAAGCUACGAGAAAUACGAAACAGUGUAAAUGAAACUAUUAAUUUAGUUUGUCCUUGUAUCAGGAUCUCUAAUCAUAACGCAGUUACUCCUAUUCAAUCAAAUCAUUCUGUACAAACAGUAAAUUCAUAGCCAAUUCAUAGUCAAUUCA